GUUUCCAUCAGCUUAGGCAUCUGACAAGAUUUACUGGCAGCACAUGACUUUGGAAAUCUAACGGGAAAAUUUGAUAAAAUAAACUCGUGACCCCUAGGAAAUCGUUUGUGGUUUAAGGUGGAGGACCCUAAUUAGAAUGGCCGAGUGUGCUCCCACAGAAGUGACACAGGACACCACUAGUGACAAAGUGGAGGAAGUUAAGAUGCCACGCUACACCAAGGGGAAUAUAAUAAUAUUCGCAAUGGAUGGUAGUGAUAUAGCAAUUGAGGCAUUAAAAUGGUAUGCUGCAAAAUGUCACAGGCCUCAAGACAUCGUGGUUCUUGUGUAUGCAGUAGAGAUGAGUGAAAUCUUUACCUCAGCUCAAUGGCUGCAAACACCUAACAGAGAAGAUGUCGAUGCUUUCCAGACAAUAUUCAAACAUGAAAUAGAGAAGAUACAAAGGAAACUUCAAACUUUUGCAAACAUUCUAAGACAGCUCGGAGUAAAUGGAAGUGUCAGAAGUACGCAUGCCUCGAAGCCUGGUGAGGGAAUAAUCAACAUAGGAAAGGAAUUAAAUGCCACAAUGAUAGUAACCGGAAGUCGGGGUCAUGGAAAAAUCCGCAGAACACUUCUAGGUAGUGUCAGCGAUUACCUGAUUCACCAUGCAGACAUUCCGGUGCUUGUGUGUCGUCAUCAGUUGUCAAAAUGAGGCCAACGAUAAUUCAGCAGGCUCCAUCUCUUAAUUUGCCCUUUGCCUGCGUGUCGUCAACAAUAGUGAAAAUGACAUUUAUGUCUUGACAUAAGCUGCUCAUUUUGAAAAAAUGAAGUCAAGCAACUUUCCAUCAUUCCAAUGUAUCCCAAACAAAUUUGAAAAAAAAUCAAUAUGUUAGUGAGGUUGUCCGUAGUUUUGAAUCUUUAUGACGAUGUUAACCAAAGUAAUAAGAAACAAAGAUAAGGUUUUACCUUCAAAAGAAAAUUAUCAAUAAUUUUGAAGUGUGUGUCGAGAUAUUUACAAGUGAGUUUGUGUAAUUUAUUCUUGCGUUAUUAUAAGCUCCACCAUGACUUUGAGAAAGAAGGUAAAGCACAUCUGAGUGUAAAGUAUUUCUGUUGUAUGAAAUAAACGCAAGAUAAUUUAGCAUAACACUCUAAAUACUAAUACAUAUUAAUUUACCUCAAAAUUGUUUACUAUUCUUUAAGUAUUAGCUUUUGUUGUGCUGACCUAAUUUUGUAGGGAUGUAAUCGGUUAACCGGCUACUCAGUCAAAAGAUGGUAAUCGGUUAGAAAAUCUGUAAUCGGUUAGUCGGAAAAAAUAAUCAAUGUUUAAAUUUGAACACAAUGUCCUGAAAAUUCAAAUAAAUAAAUACAAAUUAAAA